CCUGAGGCUGAGGGAGAGUGCCUUGCGCAACACCGCCCAGUGAUUUCUUCACAGAUGGCGAGAUUCGAAUCGGGGACUUCCCUAUUCACUCACCUACCCACCAUGCUACACCCCCGCGUUGGUGUGAAUCUUCACAACUGCUUCGGUGUGUCCUGGGAAAUGUAAGGGGCGAUGGAACGUGCAGCGUCCUCACAGAACCACUGAUUUGAGGGGAGGGGGAGAGGAGUACAGUCGGUGCCUUGCUUCCCGGCUCCCUAAAGGGCAUCUGGCCGUUCACAACAAGGGGGUGCUGAAUUAAACAGUGUUUUUUGAAUGUUUGCACGCACAGGAUCAAGAUCAACCUGCACGCCCACCUACUGUGCCCUGCCUACCUGAGAGGUCGAGUUGGUAUCCCACCGCCGGCACUCUGCAAACGCCUAGAGGCUGCUUUCCCCUCGGAACCAGGGACUGCAGCCGGAUCGUCUCUCCGUGACUCCUUCUGAUCCUUCGCUCCGGUUCUCCUGUUCAGCGUUCCCUAUUGGGAUCAUCCUCUACGGCACCACCCUUUUAUUCUCCCCCACACACACACACACACCGCCACCAUGUGCAAUCUGCAGCGGUUGUAAAACGGUGACAAGGCCCUGAUAACAAUAAGCAGACCCAGCUGGUGUUAUCAGGAAAGAUCUGUCUUCACCUCCCUAUUAAUGAGGCUACCUUGUUCGGAUCUGUAUAAUAGAGCCCAUCGCUCGUGGAUGGCUGAGUAGGCAAACAAACAAACAGGCAGGCAGGACUGGCUGAGGUGGGCUGGUUAUUAGGGCAGCGCGGGGAAGGGGGUCACUGCUCUUCCCCAAGGGCUGUAGGCUUCGCCUGCUUUGCUUGAAGGAUCUGCAACUCGGGGUUUAAGGCCAGGGCUUUGCAUUUGAGGAAACCGAGAGGGCGGCCGGUAGAGGCGUGUGUUCCUAAGGCACGGCAGAGAGAUCUGGCCCGUCUCACCACGCUUGGACUCUGGGAUCCUACUUCGAGGGAGGAAUGUAUAGAUCCACCUAGAGGAGAGAUCGGCGAUCAGGACUGGUCACCUGGCAAGGUUCAGCUCUGAUGGAAGUUUGAGUCUACGAGGGAUAGAAUGACAAAUGAAUCCCACUCGAGAUCGGGAUCUAUGUGAAAAAGGGAAAGGGGAUCCAUUCCUGAGCCCGGUGUGAGUGUGUGUAGAAGAUUGCCGCUAGGAGACGGGGUCCACUGAGACUGAAUACACUGGAUCCCACUGGAGAUAUGGGAUAACUUAUUUAUUUUUAUGCUUGCAAGACUGUCUGGGGUCAUUGGGUUUUCUGGAGUUGUGGCUGGCGGGUCGGGCUUACUCCAGAGUAGUCAGAUUAUUCAAACUGUCAGCUCUAGAAUAUUGUCGUCGAGCCUAACCACUUUCCUUCGCCAAGGAGCAAAUUCUACCGCUUUUGAGUGGAUGCAUCUGGGAUCCGAGGGAGAGAGCAGCGACUUCAAGGGAGAACGAAGACCAACUAGCAGGCGCUAGGGAAAGGCACUUGUCUCCUCUCUUCUCAAGCUUGUCUGCCAUCAUGGGUAGCAAGACACUGCCAGCACCAGUGCCUAUCCACCCCUCCCUGCAGCUCACCAAUUAUUCUUUCCUGCAAGCCUUCAAUGGCCUGCCUGCAGUGCCUUCGGAUCAUCUGCCCAACCUCUAUGGGUUCAGUGCUCUGCAUGCCGUUCACCUUCACCAAUGGACACUGGGCUAUCCUGCCAUGCAUCUGCCCCGUUCAUCCUUCUCCAAAGUGCCUGGCGUGACCAGCCUGGUGGAUGCCAGGUUUCAGUUGCCUGCCUUCCCUCUGUUCCCGCAUGUCAUCCAUCCCAAGCAAGAAGCCACCAAUCUGCCUCUCAAAGCCAAGCCCAGAUUUGAUUUUGCCAAUCUUGCUGUGGCAGCCACCCAAGAGGACCACUCAAAACUGGGACAGAUGGACAGCCAAGGUUCUCCUCCAGGCUUGGGCUCUUUGCUGGAGGUAACCAAACUUUCGCCUGAGAAGAAACCCACCCGUGGGAGGUUACCAUCCAAAACCAAGAAGGAAUUUGUGUGCAAAUUCUGUGGCAGACACUUCACCAAGUCGUAUAACCUUUUGAUUCAUGAAAGAACCCAUACGGACGAAAGGCCGUACACGUGUGACAUUUGCCACAAGGCCUUCCGAAGACAAGAUCACCUGAGGGAUCACAGAUAUAUUCACUCUAAAGAAAAGCCCUUUAAGUGUCAAGAAUGUGGAAAAGGAUUUUGUCAGUCCAGGACUCUAGCUGUUCACAAGACACUGCACACACAAGUAAAAGAGCUCAAACCUUCCAAAAUAAAAUGCUAAAGCUUCCGGCUCCCAUGAACGUCACCCCUACCCCAUUCUGAAUUUUAAAUCAAAUUCUCAACAGAGACAAAAUGGGAGCAUUGAACACUAUUAAUUUAAUGUUUAAUUUUUAAAAAAACCUCUCUGCACACAAAUACGACCAGCCUUUCCAAACUCUGGGUGAUAAUAUUGAUUGCUUCCAAGUUACACAGGAGAGAGCAAAUCUUGCAUGGCUUCAAUAAACUUUACGUCAAAAGGUGGUGCUCAAGUAUUGGAGAGGAAUCUUCAUUGUUAAGACACAAACAACACCAAAAGCUUCCAGAAGUAUUGCUUUUUAAAAAAAAGUUUAUCCUUUUUGCGUGUGUGUUCGUGUGACUGUUUUAAAAGCGUAUAAUUCAUAUAAUGCAGAAGAGAAAAUCUAGAAGAUCUUUAAAGAAACUGGCUUCAUGUUUUAGGCAUUGCCCAGAUGAAGAGGAAAACCACAGAUAAACUCUGGGUUUUGAAUUCAAAGAGGCAACAUUCGAAAUGACCCUUGCAUAAGGGACCCUGCUGUCUUCCAUACAUCUUGACACCUAGGUCUCUGAUCAGUGGGUCUCCUUUCUGCACACUCCGGCCAGCAUCCUGGGGUUUCAGCUUGUUUGUUUGUGGUCUAGUGCCUUGGGAGGUGGUUUGUAAUUUGUGGAUUUAUUUAAACAAAACAAAACAAAACACCCAAGGUGGGAAGGGGGAAAGGUUGACAGCAAUAAAUCAGUGUCUGCUGUGCACAGUGUGGUUUUAGUGGUACUUUCAAGUUAGUGUAUGUCCGGAUGGGGAGCAAGUAGAUUGGGGAGUGACAAAUCUCAACCUGAGAGCUUUAUCCACAGUCAUUUUUUCUCCUAAGUGGUGUAAAAAAAUUGAGACAUUCCAAUAUGUUUUUGGUUAAAGUUAUUGCUAUUUGGCACUUUAUGCUGAUUCUUGAUAAUGAACAUUUAUCACUGGAUUUAUUUGUUUUUUUAAGUAUUAAAAUAAAUUGGUAUUUUACAGGCAAA